AAUAAAAUAUUAAUAUAUGUGAUCAGGUAAAUCACGGCGGUCUGUAAUAACGGCAACAACUCAGCCAGUCAGCCGGGCCUGGUGACUCGCAGAAGGCAAAUUCAGUAGUAUUUUAUAAGGCCAAGAUGCUUGUUCAGAUGGAUCAGGUAGCCGCCGGCCGCCACCGAUGGAACGUCGGAGUGUGAACAAGCAGCAGGCUGCUUCUCGUCUGGUACUCUGGUGUAUAUAAAAUAGAACCAUAACGAGCACCGUGUUAUGGGCAUCUGAUCGUUGACUCCAUUUUUCUUUGGGUGGCCACGGCUGUCAAUGGACGACCACCAAGAGGCGCCUCCUCCUCCUUCUACUUCUACGGUUCUACCCCCAUUGCUUGCUCCUCCCUGAUCAGACACAGACCAUUGGCACAUACUUCGUCUAGACGGGAGUAGUGCAGUGCAGGACACACAGCUUCAGCGCGGCAUCUGGUUCGUUCCCAUGCUAGUUCCAAUUCCAACACGAAGCCAUGCAGCCACUCCACGUUUCAUGCAAGAGAAGCCGGAGCCGGAGCCGGAACCGGAACACACUGCACGUACCUCCUUCCACCGGCCUCGCGCCCUCGCCCUUGCGCUGCUGCUCAUCUCCAUCUCCUGGGAGUCCUGCGCCAGCGCCUGCGGGGAGCCGGAGAGGGCGUCCCUGCUCCAGUUCCUCGCGGAGCUCUCUUACGACGCCGGCCUCACCGGGCUCUGGCGAGGCACCGACUGCUGCAAGUGGGAAGGGAUCACCUGCGACGACCAAUACGGGACAGCCGUCACCGUCAGCGCCAUCUCGCUGCCUGGCAGGGGCCUCGAGGGGCGCAUCUCGCAGUCCCUCGCUAGCCUCGCCGGCCUGCGGCGCCUCAACCUGUCCUACAACUCGCUGUCCGGUGACCUGCCGCUCGGACUGGUGUCGGCGUCCGGCAGCGUCGCCGUCCUCGACGUCAGCUUCAACCAGCUCAGCGGAGACCUGCCGUCUCCAGCGCCGGGCCAGCGGCCUCUCCAGCUACAGGUACUCAACAUCUCGAGCAACUCGUUCACGGGGCAGCUCACGUCCACGGCGUGGGAGAGGAUGCGGAGUCUGGUCGCGCUGAACGCCAGCAACAACAGCUUGACCGGGCAGAUCCCGGACCAGUUCUGUGCCACAGCGCCGUCCUUCGCCGUGCUCGAACUCAGCUACAACAAGUUCAGUGGCGGCGUGCCCCCAGGGCUUGGGAACUGCUCCAUGCUCAGAGUACUCAGGGCUGGCCACAACAACCUCAGCGGGACUCUCCCCCGUGAGCUUUUCAACGCUACAUCGCUGGAACGCCUCUCCUUCUCCAGCAACUUUUUGCAUGGAACAGUCGAUGGCGCACAUGUAGCCAAGCUCUCCAAUCUGGUCGUCCUUGACCUAGGAGACAACAGUUUCGGCGGCAAGAUACCUGAUACCAUAGGUCAGCUCAAGAGAUUGCAAGAACUUCAUCUGGACUAUAACAGCAUGUAUGGGGAGCUGCCACCAGCCCUGAGCAACUGCACGGAUCUCAUAACUCUAGACCUUAGGAGCAACGGUUUCAGUGGCGAACUCUCCCGGGUUGAUUUCAGCAACAUGCCCAGUCUAAGAACCAUAGAUCUCAUGCUGAAUAACUUCAGUGGCACGAUUCCGGAGAGCAUAUACUCCUGUAGAAACCUGACUGCGCUGCGGCUAGCUUCGAAUAAGUUCCAUGGACAGUUAUCAGAAGGGCUAGGCAACCUGAAGUCCCUCUCGUUCCUGUCGCUUACAAACAACAGCCUUUCAAAUAUAACAAACGCGCUUCAGAUACUGAGGAGCUCCAAGAACCUGACCACGCUUCUUCUUGGAAUCAAUUUCUUUGAAGAAACCAUACCGGAUGAUGCCGUGAUCUACGGUUUUGAGAAUCUUCAGGUUCUGGACAUCGGAAACUGCCUCCUGUCAGGAGAAAUACCUCUCUGGAUAUCGAAGUUAGUAAAUCUGGAGAUGUUGUUCUUAGAUGGCAAUCGACUCAGUGGACCCAUACCAACCUGGAUCCACACACUGGAGUACCUUUUCUACUUAGACAUAUCAAACAACAGCCUUACAGGGGAAAUUCCGAAAGAAGUAGUGAGUAUACCAAUGCUAACUUCAGAGAGGACUGCAGCUCAUUUGGACGCAAGCGUUUUCGAUCUGCCAGUCUAUGAUGGUCCAUCACGUCAGUACCGCAUACCGAUUGCUUUUCCUAAAGUUCUAAAUCUAAGCAGCAACAGAUUCACAGGUCAGAUUCCCCCAGAGAUUGGUCAGUUGAAAGGCCUCCUUUCACUUGAUAUCAGCUCCAACAGCUUAACCGGACCGAUCCCCACAUCUAUCUGCAAUCUCACAAACCUGCUGGUGCUUGAUUUAUCCAGCAAUGAUCUCACGGGUAAAAUCCCAGUUGCAUUGGAGAAUCUGCACUUCCUUUCCACAUUCAACGUUUCUAACAAUGACCUGGAAGGGCCUAUUCCAACCGGUGGCCAAUUUGGUACAUUUCAGAACUCCAGCUUUCUAGGGAAUCCGAAGCUGUGCGGCUUUAUGAUCGGUCGUCGAUGCGAUUCAGCCGAUGUGCCUCUGGUAUCCACAGGAGGAAGAAAUAAGAAGGCCAUUCUCGCAAUUGCAUUUGGUGUGUUCUUUGCAAUGAUUGCCAUUCUUUUGUUGCUGUGGCGUCUCCUUGUCUCCAUCAGGAUAAACCGUUUAACGGCCCAAGGUAGAAGGGAGGACAACGGAUAUCUUGAAACAAGCACAUUCAACUCCAGCUUGGAGCAUGGAGUGAUCAUGGUGCCACAAGGAAAGGGAAAUGAAAACAAGCUCACGUUCUCUGACAUUGUAAAAGCCACAAAUAACUUCAACAAGGAAAACAUCAUUGGGUGUGGUGGUUAUGGUCUAGUCUAUAAGGCUGAACUACCUGAUGGCUGCAAGCUUGCUAUCAAGAAGCUCAAUGAUGAAAUGUGCUUGAUGGAAAGGGAGUUCACUGCAGAGGUUGAAGCACUGUCCAUGGCACAGCACGACCAUCUUGUGCCACUGUGGGGGUACUGCAUCCAGGGGAACUCGAGAUUCCUCAUAUACUCCUACAUGGAGAAUGGCAGCCUAGAUGAUUGGCUUCACAACAGGGAUGAUGAUGCCAGCACAUUUCUUGACUGGCCGACGAGGCUAAGGAUUGCGCAAGGAGCAAGCCGUGGCCUUUCUUACAUCCAUAAUGACUGCAAACCUCAGAUUGUGCACCGUGACAUCAAAUGCAGCAACAUCCUGCUAGACAAAGAAUUAAAAGCUUACGUUGCAGACUUUGGACUGUCAAGGUUGAUCCUUCCCAACAAAACCCAUGUUACAACAGAGUUGGUUGGCACUCUAGGUUACAUCCCCCCUGAGUAUGCGCACGGAUGGGUGGCCACUCUGAGAGGUGAUAUAUACAGCUUCGGAGUUGUCCUUCUUGAGCUGCUCACAGGCUUGCGACCUGUUCCGGUCCUGACAACAUCAAAAGAACUUGUCCCAUGGGUGCUGGAGAUGAGCUCUCAGGGAAAGCUGGUUGAUGUCCUAGAUCCAACACUCUGCGGCACAGGGCAUGAAGAGCAAAUGCUUAAGGUGCUUGGGCUUGCUUGCAAAUGUGUGAACAAUAACCCUGCCAUGAGACCACAUAUCAUGGAAGUGGUUACAUGCCUGGAAAGCAUCAACGUUGGCCUGCAGGCACAAAAGUCAGUCAAGACAAUACAGUUAGCGAGUUAUACAUGAGAAUAUUGUAAUUAAAUGCAUAGAGCACACGUAUCUUUAACAAGAGGUACUGAUUUUGCGUCCAACUAGUGUUUGAUUUUUGUACAGUUUUUUUGUGCAUAUUGAGACUCUCUAGUUUUUUCCAUACCCCAUCCCCUUCUUUUUCUUGAGGUGAUAGUGAUAUGUAACGUGUAUGCUGUUUAGUUUCUGAAGCAUUGUACUGACAGUGAUGCUCUUGCCUCUUA